AUGCCAGUCGACAAAACACCAUCUCCGCGCAAAGAGGUCCCAAAAGCUCUGCAAACUGUGUAUGGAAAAAAUGAGUUGGUCACUCAAACCAUAGAAAAGGAAAUUAUUCCCACAUUUCUAAACGACAUGCCGACAGAUCUUGUCGAUGGAUCACCAAAGUGCGUUCUAUCUCCGAAGGAGGACAGCACUGCUCCGUUAUUUUUCCGUAACGAAGAAGAUGGUGAGGACUUACCUGAGGAAGAGAAUGGUGAUACGUUGUGCGGCAACAAAAGCAGUUUAACAAAGCUCUGACAUCCCAAGAAACUGUUCAAGAUCACUUGCGGACCGGAAAUAAUGCACUUAUCGGUAGAUUGUUACUUGGCUGGCACAUAUUUACAUUCCAGAGAAGGCUUGUUUCGACGUUUGUGCGAAUCUGAUUAAAAAUUAGUCGUAGUUCAGUCUUCGGAAUUUUUAGAGAGCCAUGCGUCUCAGUGGAUCUGCUAUCUCAUGAAAGUUUAGCUGAAAUUCUGAAAUGUCUGUCGACUGUUUUACUGUCAAUUUUGGUUGGCUUAUAAAUUAAAAUAUAUUUUAGAGAAAACGUGCAUAAUAAAAUUCUUUAUUGCAUUUGCUCAGUAAAAAAUAACGUCUUCCUCAAAUAUUGUACUUGAGGAAAGAGUAUUUUUCUGCUUCAAGUAAUUAUUAGUUAUGCAUUUUUAAGACCACGAAAUAACCAUUCAUGAUGCAUCGAAUAUGUCCACACAUAAAUGCAGUCCACAAAGUUUUCAACAUAGUUCACACUAUUGCAACUUCUUUUGAGACCUGCAUGAUAACUUACUGAUAUAGCAGAGGAAUGUUCCUAUACAAUACAUUUGAAUUUAUAGGCAAACAUUCAUUUCAAAUAAGAUGAAAUAUUUUACAGAAUAUAGGUUUGGCAGAUUGCUUUUAAAAUUUUUCUUCAAACGUAGGCGACCUUAAGUGACUUAAAUAUCUUAUGAUUAUGCAGGAUGGUAAUUAAUAUUAUGCACCCAUGUAGGAAAUCGUUUUUGAAUCGAAGAUAAAUCUCAUAAUUUUAACUAAGUAUUUACAAAUGGUACAAACACGGUAUUACUUAUUUAAUUAAAAACAUGAUAUUAUGGACUUGUGGAGAAUCACGCGUAGUCGCAUAUGCGUGAACGGCAUAUUUCCUAAUUCUAUGAAUAAUGGGGAUGCUGUAAUUGAGUAAGGACGGUAGCUGUUAUGACGCAUUUUGAAUGUUGGGAGCUUGGGGUCCAGCAACGUUCUCUAGAUUAGCGGAAAACUAAGGGCGACCUUUCAACUUCCUCUUGGGCUUACUGCCAACGGGACUUUUUGGCAGGUCUUUCAGUGGUGAUAAUUCGAAGAGUCGGCGGUUUAAGUCAGCGCUGGGGCACUUUUUUCUUACUGUGUGGGCUUCCUAGCCGAACCCACAGUUGCAGAAGGAAGUUACUACUGUUCGCCUUUUUCCUCUCUCUUCUGAUUAGCUAAGAAUUCUUUGGAACAAUUAAAAAAAGUAAAAGACAGUGCAGGCCUUUCCUCUCGUUAUCCCUGUGUGACCGCACGAUCGAAGAGCAAACCAGUUCAUUGCUAGCUGGCAUCUCUAGUCAUUGACCAAUCUAAUGAAAUAUUAGCUAAAAUUCUGAGGCGCGCUUUCGAUGUUUAGAUUGGGUCAUUAUAUUUGUCACUGGGCCGCGAAACCCCAGAUAUUUUAAACAUACCAAAAUAACGGCUCUUGGAAGCACUUUUUCGGCCGCCGACUAAUUCGUACGCGUUUAGAAAAACUGGGUCUUUGAUAUGGAGUUUUCUGUUGAUUUUGGAUGCCCUUACAAGUUUAAAUACAUGUCCUCAAGGAUUUGUCCGAAAUACAUAGCUUUGGCCCACUUAGUAUUACAUGUUGUGUGUUAGGGAGGGAUAUUUGUCAGUUUUAUAAUGUUUUCUAUUACGAGGUUUUGAAAACCGUGCACUGACUAAUAUUAUGGAAUCUCCUGCUCCUUUUAAUAAUGCAACUUACGACGUAUACCACUUAUUUACCACUCAUUGGCACUUUUAAAGCCAUACAGUGCGUGACCUAUCUCAUGAAAUGUUGGUUGAAAUUCUGAAAUGCGUUUUCGAUUAGGAAGGAUUACUGAUUACCAUAAGGCAUACUCAUAUAACAUUUUAGACUUGGAAGGAUGUUGGCUUUUACAAGCACUUCUUUUCAAUAUCCUGUAGAAAGCGUGCUCGAUAAAAAAUGACUAUUUAAGUAGCAUUCAUUUUUUCAUUGAUUUUUAAUGGUCGUGGAAAUUCAAAUAUAUUUUAUAGAAACCACGAACAAAAAUAUGCUUUCUUUUAGUCAAUCAAUAGAGAAUUACGUAUUCUAUAUAUGUUAUACUUAAGAAAGGAGUAUAAUUAGGUUUUAAAAAAGUUUUUAGUUAUGAGACUUUUUAAGACCGCCCCAUGUUCAUUCACAUAGCGUCGUACCUGGACGUUUACCACUGCUCCUCAUGAAAUGUACAACAUGGUCCGCAUUCAUUGCAAAAUUUUAUGGACCCUGUUUAUUAUCUUUUUAAUGACAUAGAAAAAGCGUAUGAUUUUCUUUCCGCGGAUCGCAUGCACCUCGUAGAGUGUAAUCACUAAGCGCUAAGUCAACGAAUGAUCAGGCUCCACAUUUUUCGGCACUUAGAAAACUUUUUAAAACCCAAUUAUACACUUUCUUAAGUAUAAAAUAUAAAGAAGACUUGAUUCUCUAUUGAUUGACUAAAAGAAAGCAUAUGUUUGUUUGUGAUUUCUUUAAAAUAUAUUUGAAUUUCCAAGACCAUCGAAAAUCAAUGGGAAAAAUGCAUGCUACGUAAGUAGUCAUUUUUUCCCAAGCACGCUUUCUAGAGGAGACUGAAAAGAAGUACAUUUAAAAGCCGACAUCCUGCCAAGUCUAAAAUGUUAUAAGAGUGUGCCUUAUGAUAAUCAGUAUCACAUCCGCGACCAAGUAAUCCUUCCUAAUCGAAAACACAUUUCAGAAUUUCAGCCAACAUUUCAUGAGAUAGGUCACGCACUGUAUAUGAAAUUUUCCUAAUGACAGUAGAGGUGCUCGGUUUUCUUUACGAGAAAGUAUGAAACCUACAGAUUCUAAAUUAUAAAUGAAAAUGCUGCGGGAGAUUAGGCUCAAAAGUAUUUAGGAAUUGAAAGACAUUUUCAGAACCCAAAGAUAACUUUUCUUUCAGUAUGCCUUAUGUCCAUUAAGUAAAAGUAAACAAUCUUAUGCAUAUAUCCUACUUUGGGAAUAAAUAGAGAAACUACAUUAAAACUAAGUAGUCUUUUUUGUCGAGCGUUGUUUUUUUCAGGUCGCUUGGGGAAAAAUGAUUUAAAGGCAGCAUACUGACGCGUCUGAAAUAUGCUGGCAUUGUGCUGCACUAUGAUAAAUAUGACAAACCAUACUUGCGUUUUCCUUCCUAGUCAAAAAACCAUUUCAUAAAACCGGCAAACACUUAAUUAGAUCGGCUACGGACUGUAAACACACGCUGUUACGACCACACGCUCGUUAACGGACUGUUUGCUCACUGAUCUUAGGCCGUAUGCCAUAAGCAGCGGGGGAUCCUGCUUAGAAGUGGAGGUAAGUGUGGAUUGUCAGCGCAUCGUCUCGUAUUUAAAUUCGGCCUGUGGUCGUCAACUAUAAAUAAGGUUUUUCAAAUCACGACGAAUAAGCGAGCAUUCGACCAGUUAUACUUUUUAUCCAUUGCCACCUUUGUAGUUACCAUGCUUUAAAUUUAGACUUAACUGCUAUCCACUUGAUUUUUGCACUGAAAUAUUAUCUUUUAUUAGCACAGUAAAGUCAAACGUAUGAGCGACCAGACGUACGUUGACUUAUUGCAUCUCCCUGUGUAACAUUUCCAGUUCGACAAGCAUAAUGGACCGCAUCUCUUUUAAAUUCGUCCUAGCAUGCCGCCAUUCUCAGGACUAGUUAGGGGAGAUCUGGUAUACUUCGGUAAACGGCGUUUUUAUAAUGUGCAAGUAUUAGUUCAGCAAGCCCACCUACGCUUACAAAGGAAAAUACUGUGAAUGUGUACAGACUAUUACAAAAUUUUUCGACACGAUCUGUAAGGAGAAACCUCUAAGACUUCAUGUCUUGUACAAAUGUCAUUCAAAUAAAAAUAUUGCUGUGGCGAUCGCAUUCUUUUGUUUUAAUUACUUCCUCAAAGUCACUCAUUCACGUGCAUCGGAUAAAUAAACCGUUGGUCAGGCCAUAAAAAUGUGUGAAAUUUUGAAAGAACCUUCGAACAUGCAGGUUGUCAAAGAGAGGUAUGAGACCAAUGUGAGUCGUUAGCUAUAUCUAUCGUCCCGGAAAAAUACGCUUUAUUCCUUUUAUUCAGUUUGGGCAUAUUUCUGGGCCUGCUUUCAAACAUGAUCUAUGGUUUAUGCACUAGACAUGUCCAAAUCUUCCUGUAUUUUGGAGGCAAAUUGUUUGUUAUGUCUUUCAAAAAUUCGACAGAUUAAAACAUUGGUUGCGUUGUCCUUUAGGUGAAGUAUCGUGUUCUAUCUAAGUAUUCGACUUUACGAAGUCAAAAAGACAUAAUUUACUUUCAGAGCUAAUGGCUUACAAAUCAAGUCGCGUGCAACUUAAGUCGCACAAUGCAAAUAGAAGGACGUUUUGAGAUAGACAGGCUUGAGAAUUAGCGCUUGUUAAACUUCAUGUAGCACGCAGUACACAUUUUCUUACUUUUUAUUAGACAAGCAUGUGAAAAAUAUACCAUUUACAAAAAUAAUCCGUUUGUCCCCUCUUCUAGAGGAAGGCCAGUUAUUAGAAAUUUUUUAAACACCUGGGAAGCUCUCUUGGGAGCAACUGCCAUUAAUGUGCUCUUGUUGGAUUGUGCUUGCAUCUAUUUUCCCCAUAUAAAAUGCUUUUAUCAAAAUACAAAUUACGUGAAGGCUACAGAGUAGGGUUUACGUAUGAGCUUAAAUUUAUUUUUGUUCACUAGAAGUCGGAAUUAGUCAUUAGGCGUAGGUUGCGCACUAAUUUGAGGGCCAAUAUUUGGUAAAUUGAUCGCGAAAAUUAUGAUUCUAUCAUGCCAUGGAAUGUCAUUUCGAAGUCGUGUUUUUGUAAUUUUUUAUUUAAGGGUUGGCAACCUGGGCAGUCAGUCCUUAGGAGGACGAAGUUUAGUUUCCCUUCGCCGUUGUUUCAGGCAUUUUUAAAGCACAUAGUGCUUUUUGAACUCAACAUAUCCACAGUCUAUAAAGGCUUUCUCAAGACCGACCUCACCCACCACAGAUUUAGUCCCUUUUUUAGGGUGCUAAAUUCUAUCAUCCACACCGCACCUUCAUCCUGCAGGAUUUCGCUAAUCAUGUGGGAAAAAUUUGUCUUGUACUCGCUCUUUUUCGUAUGCUAGCGCCAAAAAACUAUGUUAUCUGCUUAAAGUCUCCACCGACAUUGUUAAAGUACUCGUUGCUCAUAUUUUCUGUACUUAUUUCCGGUGAUUACGGCCUUUCCUCGUAGAAAAUCUUUAUAAAAGUCCCUUAAUUCCUGCAUUGCAAAAUAAUAGCAGGUUGCUUAGGUGAGGUUACAAAGUUGAUUCGCGGGCGAUAGUACAUGACUAAAUCCCAACAAGACAGACUGCGGGUUUUCUGUUAAGAGGUCACUCAUAAAAACACAGCAUUUUGCCAUACAACUUCGUUGCUUGCAUAAAUUUAAUUAUAAUUAAUAGGGAAGUUGCCCAAAUUUAUGUCAAGUAGGUGAGUGGCCCUCACUGUUGUGGCUAGGAUCACACUCGACCCCAUUCUGUCCACGGCCGGCCUGCUGCUGGCCACAACAAACGUUGAGUCAUAGGACACAUACCACAUAAUAAUGCGUAAGCAACUCACUAAGAAUGCAGCAAGCCGGACACAGACAGCUGCCUAUGAGGCACUGAUGGUCUGUAACGACCGUGAAACAGCCGUCUACGUCUCGCAUGCUGCAAUCGCAGCGAGCUGCUUACAUAUUAUUAUGCGGUAUGUGACUAUAGCACAACGUUCCUUGUGGCCAGUAGCUACCUGGCGGACGGAUGCAGUGGGAUCGAGCGAAAUCCCAACUACAACAAUAAGGACCACACGCUUACUCGACAUGCUUAUGUACCUUACUUCUUAAGGUCUAUGACGUUCUGAUGUUUGGUAACGACCGUGAAACAGCCGUCUGCGUCUAGCCUGUUGAGCUCCCAAUGAGCUACGUAAGUAGUAAAUGUAUUUAUUUUUAUCUUUACAUAGAAAAUGACUUCUGUCAGUUUCAUGGAUUAAAAAAUGCGCAAGUUAUUUUUAUAAGAGAUUAGUAAUAUGUAAAGUAGAUGUGGUAACCCAUGAGAUGUUAACAAAAAUGCUAAAAUGCGUUUGUGACUAAAAAGUUUGCUUAAGUAGGACUGUAAUAUUAUCAACAUGCAGCAUAACCACAUUAUAAUGCAGUUACUUCAGGAUGCCGGCUUUUGAACAAACUUCUUCCCCACCACUUAUAAAAAUUACACCCCGUAAGGAGCGACUAUUUAUGUAGCACGAAUUAUUCUCAUUGGCUUUCGAUGUACUUACAAAUUCAAGUAUAUCUCGUGGAAACCAUGCACAAAAUAUUCAUUCAUUCACUCAUUUGGCAGAAAAUUACGUCUUCUUAUAAUUCCAUACUUAACGUAAGGGUAUUAUCCAUUAUUAAAAGACUUUUCUAAUAAUCGGAUAAUUUUGAAUCCGACCAGCCGUUACAUCCGCAUUCGGAGUUUUCAGACUACGACUUGUACGGUAGUCUAUACGGUAUUAAGAGGAGACCAUGCCGGGUACAUAAAAUCUGGCAGUGGACUUGGGUCAUAGUGUAAGCAACAUUAGUAAAUGCAGCGACACGAGGCUUUGUGAAAGAACAUUUCACGGUCUUAAAGAAUCUCAUAAUAAGAAAAAAUUCAAAAACAGAAGUUUACCGUUUCUCAGGCAGAAAUUUGAGGAAGGCGUAAUUUUCUGCCAAAUGAGUGGAAGAAUGAAUAUAUUAUGCAUGUUUUUUACGAGAUCUACUUGAAUUUGUAAGUUCAUCGAAAAUCAGUGAGAAAAAUGUAUGCUGCUUAAGUAGUCAUUUUGCACAACGAGUAUUUUUUGCAGAUGAUUGAAAAGAAGUUCAUUCAAAAGCCCGCAUCCUGUAGUAACUGAAUUUUUAUGGAAUUAUUGUGCAUGUCGAUUAUUAUUAUAAUCCUACUUAAGUAAUCUUUUGAGUCAAAAACGCAUUUCAGAAUUUCCGUUAGGAUUUCGUGAGUUAGCACACCUACUGUACAUCAAUAUUUUCUCUAAAACGGCUUGUGCAGGAUUAAGUAGGGAAGCAUGCAGAACGUGUUCAACUGGGCGAGACGUUGCAAAAAUUGUAUGACAUUAUGUUCUGCACAUUUCGCUGUCUUUGCGUUCUAAUAUUACACGCCACUUUUGGAAAAAAACAGACAUAUGAUGAAGAUUCCAAACUCGAAUCUCAUUUAAUUACUCUGAAGCUAGUUCCCAAAUGAGUGCAUAUCCCGAUGAACAGGUUGCUGGGCUUCACUCAUUCAUUAAAGGUCUUUGUGAUUAUGCCAAGAAACAGAAAGAUAGUGGGCUUCCUGAAAAGUCAGGCGAAUGUCCCAAAGUUGCCGUUUUAGGAGUUACGCAGAUAGUAACACGUUUUCAAGCAAAAUAUUCAUUAACUUCUGGAAGUUGACUCGUAUGGAUGUCAGCACACAGUUGUGUGAGUUGUGUGUAAUAUUUGAAAACAUGUCGCAAUUUUCACGGCACAGAAGACUGAUCUGCUCAACGUGAAUCAGAUGAAUAACGGUUUUUAGAAAUCAUAGACAUGUUGUCUUGCCCUUUUCGUAGUCAAGAAACUUCGACGAUAAAAAUAGAGGUUUCGAUCACUGGGAAAAGACGCUUGUUGGCCCGAUGUUUUGGAUUUUUUCUCGAAACCAUCAGCUGGGGGGUUUGAGUGAAGAUCCGAAUGGUCAGGUCAGCAAUGUUUCUCAUUUCGGUGAUUGCAUCAUCUACUUCCUAACUGCUUCCUGUAACUCGCCUCUGCACUUCUUUUGGCAGACGUUCACAAUGUUUGUCGUACGUGUGUCAUUGUGUCCUCUAUCUCGCUCUUGUCCUCGGGUCAGCUCGCCAGAAGACGCAAUUACAGUCCCAACUCAUCCUUGAUCACGGUGACUGUAAAAAGCACCAUGUCAUAA